AUGGGGCUGUUGGAUUCAUUGGUGGGAAACGAAGUUAAGAAGUUUGUGAAACGAAAAGACAGUGAUGCAGGAGAAGCAGGUCGAGCACUGGAAGAACUCAGAGGUUCUAUCUACAAUGAAAUUCGAACGUCAGAAGGCGCCAAGCGCCAACAGCAACGGAUUUGUGGGCCGGUGGUGGCCAUGACCUUCAAUUUCAUUGUCUCUGUGGGGAUUAUCCUGGCAAACAAACUAGUAAUGGGGAGAGUUGGAUUUAAGUUCCCAAUCUUUCUCACAUUGAUUCAUUAUGUGACAUCAUGGUUGCUUCUUGCCAUUUUCAAGACACUUUCAAUUCUUCCAGUUGCUCCUCCGUCUAGAACUACUCCUUUCUCUUCUAUCUUCUCCUUAGGUGCUGUCAUGGCUUUUGCCUCAGGUCUUGCCAAUACAAGCCUAAAGCAUAACAGUGUUGGCUUCUACCAGAUGGCUAAAAUUGCUGUCACUCCUACCAUUGUUUCUGCUGAGUUCAUUCUCUUCAGGAAAACCAUUUCUUUUAACAAGGUUUUGGCUCUAGCUGUUGUCUCAGCAGGUGUGGCAAUAGCAACCGUAACAGACGUAGAGUUCAAUGUGUUUGGUGCUUUAAUUGCAAUUGCAUGGAUAGUCCCAAGUGCCAUAAACAAAAUCUUAUGGUCUAAUCUGCAACAGCAAGCCAAUUGGACGGCGCUCACGCUGAUGUGGAAGACAACCCCAGUCACAAUAUUCUUCCUACUAGCUCUGAUGCCAUGGUUGGAUCCACCAGGAGUUCUACUUUUCCAAUGGGAUUUCAACAACACAACAGCCAUUCUUAUAUCAGCACUCCUUGGUUUUCUCCUCCAAUGGUCUGGAGCUUUGGCACUUGGGGCAACCUCAGCGACUUCACAUGUUGUUCUUGGACAAUUCAAGACUUGUGUGAUACUACUAGGGGGCUAUCUUAUAUUUAAUUCGGAUCCGGGUUUUGUGAGCAUUUGCGGGGCUCUUGCAGCCCUCUGUGGAAUGUCUGUUUACACAUCACUAAACCUGCAAAAGUCACAAGACAAUGUGAGCAUGCAGCUCCCAAAGCAAAGCUUACCGACGUUAAAACCAAAAGCCACCAACGAAGAAAGUGUAGAGUCAGAUGUAGAGGAUACCACCAACCCCACAACUGCCGUGUGA